AUGAUCGUUGAACCGAUAACGUUGGUGGUGGCAAAGUGCUGGGAUGCAAAUCCACGAGGUGGCUACUUCACCAUCCCGCGGCAAGAACCAGUACGCCCUAUCGAUCCACGCGCCUGGGUGCUGCAUACCAAUGCUAUGACCGCUGGAGCAACGGGAACCAUUGGAGGCGGAGGUGGUGGAGGCGGUCCAGGGGACCCUACACGCGGCCCUAACGGGAACGCAGGUUCAGGUUCAUCGACGUCCUCGGGUGAAGAUUCCGUUUCUACCAUCGGCAAUCGGCGCGCAGCCGCCACUGCUGCUGGCUCCGCUUCACAGGGCUUCAAUAUAGCAGCUAUGCUGGCACAACAACAGCAGCGAUUCAAGCAUCAACAACAACCUCAGCAACAACAGACCCUUAUUCCUGGCUUUCGAUCGCCACCACAGGCCACCUCUUGUAUGCUCCCCGGGUUCACUAAUCAGAGUGCACAGAGUGUGGUGACUCUGUCCAGUUCCCUACCCGAGACCGACAGAUUUGGUCUUCCUCCGGAUCCCUUGACCGUGGCAACUGACGUCAAGACAGUCAUCCAAGCCAUGAUGCACCCCGACUCUGGUCUCGAUAUUAGGGACCGUGUAUGGCUGAAAAUUACCCUUCCCAACGCCUUUAUUGGCUCUGAUCUCGUUGAUUGGUUGUUCCGCAAUGUUGAAGGUCUUUCAGACCGACGUGACUGCCGGAAAUAUGCCGCAAAUCUCCUUAAGUUUGGCCUCAUCCGCCACACAGUUAACAAAUCAACCUUCUCUGAGCAAUGCUAUUACGUCUUCGGUGAUAUCACUGGAAGCUUUUCAGCCCUCAGCUUAGAGGAGGUGGAUAGUGUGAGCGAGAUCGGGGCCCUAGCCGCUGCGCAGCAAAAUUGGAGUCACAGUACUGCUAGUACUAGUCUUGCUGCUGGUGGUGGUAAUGGUGCACCAGUCUCCAUACCAACUCACCCGCAGCCAUCACAAGCUGGCCAACAGCAGCAGCAACAGCAGGUCGCUCCAGUUAGCACAGCUGCUCCCUUCGGCGUCGGUCUUCCCUCCUCCGUCUUCCACUCGGUGGGUGGAAAAUCCGCACCCCAGCAUCCUGGGCAGAAUGGAUUCAGACUCUCUAAUAAUGGCAUCAUUGAUGUACCCUUGCGGCGAAUGAUGUCCUCGGGAAGCAGUAGCAGCAGCAGCUCAUGUGAAAGCGCUACAGAGAACACGCUUUCCACAACGGACAAAAUUGAUCUCAACGGUGGCGGCGGCACCAGCUUGAGCCCCUUCCUUCCCACCGCCACUUCCAGUUUCAGGGGCCCGCAAAACCUCGACCCCACCGGCGGUGUGCAACAACAGCAACCCACAUCACCCACUCAUAAGACAGGCGGUGGCGACAAUAGGAGUAGUUCAAGCGGUUCGAGCUCAGAAGACGGGGGUGAGCAAGCGGUAGCCUCGGGGCUAAUGCCCUCACAUGGACAGAAGCAUCAGGCGCCUCCGCCGCCGCCUCCCUCUUCGUUGCUGCAGGCAACACCUGGUCUCGUGCAGCCGCCUCCACCACCUAGAGCAUCUCCCGCCACCUCCACUCUCUAUCUCAACUCCUAG